AUGAGUAAGGGGAUAGUAUACAUAAAGCCCGACCAACAAACAAAUGAUGAGUUUGAGGAUCAUCUGAUGGGGGUUUCAAAAUUAUCAUCCCCUAUUGGGUUGAUACUCGCUUGGUGGAUCCCCAACAAGAUUGGUUACCAUUGCAAAAUAGGGUUGGUAGCAAGCAUCUUCUUCGUCGGAGCCCUCAUUGUGACCAUUAAGGAUGACUACUUCAUCCUUGUGGUUGGCCGCUUCAUAAUUAAUAUUGUUGCAACAUAUACCCUCAUCAUCAUUCCCAUUUAUAUUGCUGAAAUCACUCCAGUCUCUUAUCGAGGCUUGCUCACCUCUUUCCUAAGGGGAAGAAUUAAGGUUAGAUAUUUAAAGUUAAAGUUAAAGUUAAAGGAAGGUGAUUGCUUUCUUAUACGUGUUUUGGUGGUUCAGAAUCCCCUCGAUGGCUUAUCACGCAGGGCAGUCGGCGCAAUGCGAAACAUAUCCUUGCCUAGAUCUCCAACUCUGAGGAGGAGGCUACAGUCCAACUUGCCAAUAUUAAGGACUCUUUUGGGAUCCCUGAAGAGAACAAUGACGACAUCAUCGAGGUCACCAGCUAGAGCGAUUGGGGGGACAAGUGACAUAGAAUUGAUGAGUAAGGGGAUAGUAUACACAAAACCCGACCAACAAACGAAUGAUGAGUUCGAGGAUCAUCUGAUGGGGGUUUCAAAGUUAUCCUCCCCUAUUGGGUUGAUACUGGUUUGGUGGAUCCCCGACAAGAUUGAUUACCAUUGCAAAAUAGGGUUGGUAGCAAGCAUCUUCUUCAUCGGAGCCCUCAUUGUGACCAUUAAGGAUGACUACUUCAUCCUUGUGGUUGGCCGCUUCAUAAUUAAUAUUGUUGCAACCUAUACCCUCAUCAUCAUUCCCAUUUAUAUUGCCGAAAUCACUCCAAUCUCUUAUCGGGGCUUGCUCACCUCUUUCCUCAGGAUUCACUCUAACCUCGGCUGGCGUCUCUUACUCAGCAUAAGGGGAAUCCCCUUCUUGCUCAUUUUUUGGGUCUUCGUCAUGCCAGAAUCCCCUCGAUGGCUUAUCAUGCAGGGUCGUCAGCGCGAUGCGAAGCGUAUCCUUGCCCAGAUCUCCAACUCUAAGGAGGAGGCUACAGUCCAGCUUGUCAAGAUUAAGGAGGCUGUUGGCAUCCAUGAAGAGAACAAUGACGACAUCAUCAAUGUCACCAGCCAAGGAGCUUGGGGGGACAUAUGGUGGGAUCUCCACUAG